GCAGGUGGGAGGCAUGGAGGCCGGUGUGGUGCGCUUCCUCGGGGAGACGGACUUCGCCAAGGGGGAUUGGUGCGGCGUGGAGCUGGACAAGCCGCUGGGCAAGAACGAUGGCGCCGCGGCAGGAACGAGGUACUUCCAGUGUCAGCCCAAGUAUGGCUUGUUUGCUCCCAUUCACAAAGUCACCAAGAUCGGCUUCCCCUCCACGACGCCGGCCAAGGCCAAGGCGGCCCGCGGGAGGCGUGUGAUGGCUCCGUGA